UCCAUUAUGACUGGGUAUUGGCUCCUACGGGUUACUCUGCCUUCUACUGGGAUGGAGAAUGCCUCUACCCUCUGUGUUCCUGCAUAAACUCCACCACCCACACUAUGAUCCAACUAAUGCAGUUCAUCGUGGCCCUGUAGUUCGCCUCCUUCACCAAAGCUCUGUCAGGGACCUACAUGAAGAGUGCCAUCACUCAGAGAGACACUUUGACCUGUCCAGCUCUCUCAUCGGACUUAUAGACGGCAGCUUUGAGAUGGGUUUCAACAAUAACAUUGAGUUGCUUGAGAAUUCAUGUAGUAAAAACCAGAUACAGACUACAGUAUGAUCCAUUUUUUUGUGGUUCAAUCAGAGUCUGCUCUCAAUACUGUCCAGUUUUAUAGUUGUUCCUAUUAAUUGAUUGACUGGCGUUUGUCCAUGACUCUACUGUCAAACCCCUAACAUUGUUGUAUUUGAUGCUAUGUUGUUGCAGCCUAGUAUCCAAACUGAUAUGUCAUUUUUAGUUUAAAAAAUAACAGUGUUUAUAAUUUGCUAUUCCUGACUACUGUAGUGUUGUGGUUUCUUGCAGGUAACCUGCUGUUCCUGGCUGUGGUCAGCCAUUUUGGGGCGAAGCUGCACCGGCCCAGGUUCAUUGCUAAGGGCUGUUUCCUCAUGGCUGUAGGAUCCUCCCUCACAGGCCUGCCACACUUCUUCAUGGGACGGGCUAUCAGGAGAGCUACCCAAUCGCAGAGGGCCAUCGUGGCUUCAUCAGUGAUGCCAGACUUCUGCAGAUGCAGAGAGCUGAAAGAGAGGCCAUGGAAGCAAAGCAAAGAAAGAUAAGUGCUAUCCAUGAGAAUUAUGUCCGGACUGCUCUCAUCAGGGUUGGCAGCACCUUCGCGCACCACUUCGUCCCCUCUAUUCAGUGCAUUCCGCGGCCGAAAGCUCCACCGAGGCCUUUGCCACGAAGGCUUGAGCACAUAGCUCUGGUCCCACUGAAGAACGUGGUGGGGGUGGACGGAGCCCAAGUUCGACCCGGAUCUCACUCUCUAGAGUCCAUCCAGGUAAAUAAGUCAUUCAGCAGCAGUAGCGUGUGGCCUGUUCCCGUCCCUCCCACUGGAGCUCCCUCCAAGAGGGGCAAGAAGAAGAAGGGCAGGCGGGGAGUCAAAGCCCUGAAAGUCCAGUCGGACCAGGGCUGUGCUGACAACAACGGACCCAUUGACCUGAUGGAGGAGGUGAGGGACAUCGAGGCUCACCUGAAGGAGGAGGACUGGAAGGUGGUACAUGAGGUGAAGGCCAUGGGCAGGAGAAGUUUGGGCUCGGCCAUGUCCACGGGGGAAAUAGCAACCAGCUCUCUGGGAAGCCUGAGCUCAGUGGAUAUGAACACCCCUGCGGAGCUCCGUGACUACUUGGAUGUCGGGACCCCGGUCAAGUCGCUUGACAGCCCACCCAGGCCUGCUCCCCCUCCUACCAAGCCCAGGAGCAAACAGCCUCGGCCUAUAAGGUUCCUUAGCCUGCCAAAGGCUGCCACCGGCUCAGACAAGAUGGCAGCCAGUGAGCCAAAGGGCCAAAUUAAGAACCAGGCCAGAUUGCAGCCCCUGUCCAACCCAGAGCAGGCCCUGACUAAGACCUUCAAGCUGCUCCACUCUGCCUCUGAUGACUGGGAGAAGAAGAUCGAGGGCUUGACCUUUCUCCGUGUGAUGGCUCAGAACCACAUGGACAUACUGAUGCCUAAACUCCAUGAUAUCUGCCUUGCCAUUAUAAAUGAGGUGAAGAACCUGCGCUCUGCAGUGUCCUGUGCUGCCAUGGCCACACUGGGUGACAUGUACGUCCACCUCCAGAGGGCCAUGGACAGUGAGGUGGAGGGGACGGCACGCGUGCUGCUGCACAAAGCCAGCGAGGCCAACGCCUUCAUCCGGCAGGGCGCCAACUUUGCCCUGGGUCACAUGGUGCAGAGCUGCACCCCUACACGUGUCAUGAAUGCCCUGCUGGUCGGUGGGCUGAGCCACCGUAACGCUGCGGUGAGGAGCUGCACUGCUCAGCACCUGGAGAGACUGGCUGAGGUCAUGGGGACGGCUCGUCUCCUGUCGGGGAAGAAAGACCUCACUGACCGUUUCUUGAUUGCCGUCAGUAAACUGGCUGUGGACCCUUCACAGGAAGUCAGGCAUCAUGGUCGCAAAAUCUUGAGCAACAUGGCCACCAAUGGCGACUUUCCUAAAAUGUGGGACAAAUUCGCUCCGAGGAAAGAGAGAGAAUCCUUGAGGGAGGUCAUCUCAAAGGUUAACCUCAAAGAAAGGCGCAGCAGCACACUGCCCUCCAAAGCCUGCAAAAUAAUCGCUGGACUGCCCCUUUCCUAGCUCUGCAUGGAACAUCCAGUGUCACGUCCUUGGUGACGUGUGGGGUGACAUCCGGGAUGACCACAGCAACAUCCUCUGGAAAGGGAAAAAAGAGGAUCAGGAUGUAAACAAAUGCAAACCGUAGCUUCUAAACACUGGCCAGUUGAAAGGUUCUGCUAAGAUGUCAUGACAAACGGCACCUGUCAGAGUGCUCUCUAAGUGUUACUCACCUGCUUGGAUGUCAGCUGGCAGAGUGUCGAAGUACGGCCAUCGUGAGAGUCCUUUCUUCAGGUGUGACAUGCUCAAUCGAUCCUAUUUAUUUGUACUGAAAUUUGAUCUUUUUUUUUCUCUGCUGCUACUCGUGUUUUACAGAAACACGUUUGAGUGGGUUUUCUACAGUCUGGCGCAUGUUGACACAAUAUGGAGAAUGCAUAUGCUGCAAACCAGCACAACUAUCAGGCAUCAACUAUAGACGAGUUUCACUCACUACUGCAGUUUGGAGUUAGGUUGAUGUUAGAGGCUACUGGAGGAAGUUAUGGGGCAUACUUGAACUCUUUAAGGGAACAUGAACCUUUCUACUCCUGCAAAUUGUGAUUAAUAACCCUAAUCAAAUUCUACGAGAUGGGUUUUUGAAUGCAGUACUGUAUUUUCAUUGAAAUGGCAGAUUUGUAUGAUUUCACACAAAAAAAAUGUAUGUAAUGCUUCCCACAAAGAAAUUAUUUUACUAUUUUGUUUCAAAUGGUCCCUCUGGCAUGCAUAUUUCUGUAUGAUUUAACACAUGUUUGAAUCCCACUUCCUUGAUAUUUUGAAGUUAAUUUUAGUCCUCCUCCUUGCAUGUUUUGUUCCAUACCUGUGCCUUGGAGAAAACAACUAUAGCCCUCCAAGUCUAAUACGCUAUACACAACAGCAGCCUACAGUGUUAACUUAUUGAGAAUGUAUAUCAUUGUAUUUAACAUUCAAACCUCUUUUGAACUCUUCAGAUCUUAACCGGAUCAAACUGGAAUGUUAAUAUAUCACCCUAAGUCAAACUGGUUUUGGUGUCUUAGACACAAAAGGUUGUUUUCUCCUCAUAGUAAAAACACUGUUUCAUGGUUUGGAUUAAAAACACUGGGUAUUUGUUACGUAGAACUUUGUGUUUUUGGGGGGGAAAAGCAAUACUUAGCUCUACUGCUGUCUAUGUAGAGGCCUAGUUAGAAUUGUAUUGCAAUGACAGGUGAAGUGCUUGUUGAAAUCAUGCUGCCUUGCUGCUCAUUCCUUAAAGUACUUAUACCAACGAAUACCUGUUUGUCUGUAGCCAUAGCUGUUCUUAACCUGUUCAACUCUGACGCCCUCUGGUGGCAUUUUAUAAACGAUGCAUAAUAUUG